CACCCACGUACUGGUGGUUAAUCAUCGUAUAAUGGUUAUGCAAUUGUCACAGUCGUUGGGGAGUCUUGCUAAAGUGACGAAGGCACAGUUGUAAGCCUGAGGCAUGCGACCAAUAUGGCUACCUUAGAAAGGCCACCCUCAUAACCCAUGUAACCCAUAAGCCCGACUACAUUUUGGAUCGAAUAACACACCAGGGUUAUGGUAAAGAUGUUUUGAGCAAUUGUCUGGCCGUUGGAUCUGGUUGGUUGCAGGUGAAUUGAAAAAUUAAAAAUGACUAUCUGUGGUGGUUGUGAUGAUACUUCAGUUUGAUAAAAAAAUCAUUUGAUGAGAGAGGUUAGGUUUUUUUUUUUUAAUAGAAAUUAUGCGUAUAGAAAUGUAAAAUUAUUGUGGUAUCAGGGAGUGGGGAAUAUUUCGAAAGUACAUCAUGGGAUACUGAUUUUUGGAUUGUUUGACAGAGGAGUUAUCAAUUUUAAUGACAGUUGAUUUAAAAACGUAAAAUUACACGUCAGCUAUCUCCAUGAGAUCUUUGAAAGUGAGGAUAAUUGUGUAAUAACUAUAAUGGAGUACGCGCGAGAGCCGUGUCCUUGGAGAAUAGUUGAUGAUUGCGGUGGAGCAUUCGCAAUGGGUUCCAUAGGUGGUAGUCUAUUCCAGAGUUUCAUCGGAUUUCGAAACGCUCCGUCCGGCAUUAAGAAACGUAUUCUGGGUGGACUCAAUCUAGUGAAAAAAAGGGUUCCUCUAGUGGCUGGAAAUUUUGCCAUUUGGGGUGGUUUGUUCUCGGCGAUAGAGUGCAGCUUAGUGCACUGCCGCUCGAAGGAGGAUCCUUGGAAUUCCAUUAUGAGCGGCGCACUGACAGGAGGAAUUCUUGCAGCAAGAACUGGAAUCCCAUCCAUGUUAGGCAGUGCUACAGUCGGAGGAAUUCUUUUAGGUCUGAUAGAAGGAUUUGGUAUCUUAGUAACUAGACUUCAGGCCGACAUCUUUGCCCAGCAUAAUGUGCUUGUUAAUGAAAAUUCGCCGGGAAAUAAAGAGAAUUCAGGAAUUCCUCUCGGCGGUAGAUUAGCAUUUUUUGGAGCACCCAUUGUACAGGAUAGUUCAAAUCAAACUGGUCAUGGCAGAAUGAAGAUGGAACACAUAAGAAAUGCUUGGUGAUAUUUCAUGUCACAUUUUUGUCUGUCUGUCUUAAUAAAAAAAUUAUUUUCCAAA